GCAUGAUGGUAUAGAGAAGAGGAAGCACACACGGGCGCUCAAGUUUUCUGCUUGUACAAAAACACACCCAGAGAGCCCAGGCACCCCAGACAACUGGAGAACAUGAAAGGAGACAAUGACUACCGUGGCAGAGAUGAUGAAAUAGUGGCCUAUUAAAGGCAGAGAAGUUCCUAUAAAAACCCACAAGUGGUGGUUUCUGUUGUUCACUGGGUGCUGGCUUGCCGUCGGUUAUUCCAGGUUUUAUCUUUGUUUGCAAAAAAGAAAACUAAGUAGAAGAUCAUGGCAAGUUCCGACUGGGGAUAUGAUGACAAAAACGGUCCUGAACAAUGGGGCAAGCUGUACCCCAUUGCAAAUGGAAAUAAGCAAUCUCCCAUUGACAUUAAAACCAGUGAAACGAAACAUGACAGUUCUCUUAAACCUAUCAGUGUCUCCUAUGAUCCAGCCACAGCCAAAGAAAUUAUCAACGUGGGGCAUUCUUUCCAUGUAAACUAUGAGGACAAUGAUAACCGAUCAGUGCUGAAAGGUGGUCCUCUUUCUGAAAGCUAUAGGCUCUGUCAGUUCCAUUUUCACUGGGGCAGCACAAAUGACUAUGGUUCUGAACACACAGUGGAUGGAGUCAAAUAUUCUGCAGAGCUUCACCUGGUUCACUGGAAUUCUGCAAAGUACUCCAGCUUUGCUGAAGCUGUCCCACAGGCUGAUGGUUUGGCAAUUAUCGGUGUUUUGAUGAAGGUUGAUCAGGCCAACCCAAGACUGCAGAAAGUACUUGAUGCCCUAAACACAGUUAAAACCAAGAACAAACGAGCCCCAUUCACAAAUUUUGACCCAUCUACUCUCCUUCCUUCAUCCCUGGAUUACUGGACCUACUCUGGCUCUCUGACUCAUCCUCCCCUUUACGAGAGUAUAACCUGGAUCAUCUGUAAGGACCCCAUCAGUAUCAGCCCAGAACAGGAAAAAUCCAUCUGUGUUAAGUGUCUUCCUAAAAGUUUCAGAAACAAAGAAAAGAUUGUCACUGAAGUUCUACUAAGACUUUGGGGAACUGGCACAGUUCCGAAGCCUUCUAUCGACUGUUGAAGGUGACAAAGCUGUCCCCAUUAGGCACAACAACCGGCCACCCCAGCCUCUGAAUGGCAGAAUAGUGAGAGCUUCCUUCUGAUGGGUCCAGGAAGGAACUUCUCCUUCCUCGAGGAACACUGCCCUGCUUUGGACAUAAUCCAGUAAAACAAUUUUUAAGAAACACAUUUAUUUCAAUACUAGCAAGGCAGUAUAGCUGCAAAUUCAAUCUGUAGAGUGAAGUUUUAAUUUUUAUUCUUAAUGCUUAACUCAAUUAGUAAUCCAUAAGCUUGUAAAACCUGUGCUUAAAUUCAGUUUAUUUUGUAGAAUUCUUUAUAAUUGCAAUUAAAGUAUACUGAAUAAUUUCUUAGGGAUUUGUGUCUGUUUCCAUUUUAUUCAGUUUAGUUGAACCAGUAAAAUAACUUUAUCCCUUUCUUGUCUAUUAUGUACUCUGGUUUUUUUUAAAUAUUAAAUCGUUUCAGGCCCAUGUACAUUCAAAAAUCUUAAGUGCCUUAUUUGCAAUAUUAUUUUGCCUCAAAUGUAAUAACCUAAAAGCAGCUUGAGAUAGAUAUUGAGAAAUUCAUUUUCUUACUCUUGAAGGCAAAUAUACAGCUAAGAUGACAGUUGCAUUUAAUAUUAUUCUACUGGCUCAACAUUGUUAUCAUUUGUGUUCUCUGUGAUAAAAAUGGUAUCUUUUCUAUGGGAAGAUGUUGCUUCUAGUUAUUGCUUCCACUUUUCCUCCUCCCAUUAGCAAAGCCAAUGGUUUUCCCCCCCGUUGUCAUAACUGGUGAGCUUGAAUAGAGAAUCUGUAAUUCAAAAUUUUUGAAGAAAAUUCACCUGUGAAUGGUUUAUAAAAACAAUGGAGUCAUUUGGACUUAGAAUCAUAUAAAAAAUCAUAUAAUCUUUUAUCAGACGUACCCUUAACUUGAAGUCAGUUCUUUCUGAAGCCAUCUCUACAUCCAGAAUUUAAAUCUUGUGUCUAGUAUGUAGUCUUGUGAUUUACUUUAGUUUCCUUCUCCAUGACUAAAUAUAAGAAAUCAUGUUAGAGACCAAAGCCUGUACCCAUUCCAAUGUCUUAGUAUUGUCUAAUGUUACAGAAUCAGUCAAAACUUCUAAAUAAACAUGAACAUAGUUUAAAAAGACAGAUCAAACAGAUUCUUCAUUGCUCUUGAAGGAGCCUUGUAUAAAGGUUGUGUUAAAACCAUACUAAAAGACUUCACUUGAAUUUUUGAUCUGGAGCCCAGAAUUUAAAGAAUCCUAUUUAUUAAAAUGUAAUAGAUCCAGACAAUACUUUCAUUCUGCUCCCAUAAGCAUUAUAUAAAUAGAACAUACUUUCUUUGCAAAAGUAAUCUGUGUAUAUUACUAUAUAUUUGCCAGAUACUGAGAAAGCCUGAGUCACAUUGAAAGGAUUUUAAUUCUAAAGUUAUCAAAAGUCAUCAUGAGAGCCAAAGAAAGAGGGAUAUGAAUUUAAUUUGAAACAUAUAUCUGCUUAAGGUAUAAAAGGUAUAAAAAAAUUUUUGCAGAAAGAUAUCUGCAAAAUAUAUCUGCUCAGGACACACAGUUUUUGAAAAUAUUUUCUGGGAAAAAAUUGAGCAAUUUAAAAAAACAAAUUUCACAAUAGACACCUGAAAAAUACUUAAUGACCCACAUAUUUUUUAGGUUAAAAUGGAUUCUUAAACUUAAGAAUUUAAAUAUAAAUCUCUAAGUCUUGCUAUGGAGAAGGCAAAGAAGUGACCGAAGAUAUAUGAUGACCAUCAAACUUUAUCCCUAAGCUGAAUGCCAACUGGGGAGCAUGCUUCCCCUUACUGCUUCUGCCAGAAUUUCAUUUAUUUGGCAGAACUCAUGAGGUGCAUUAUGGGGGCUUUCCAAAUUUCUCUGAAGUAGCCGAUAAAAGCAGCUGCUGAGAGAAGAUAUGUGGACAAGGCAUUGGAUCAUCUGAGAAAGCAACUCAUAUGUUUCUUUGACUCACCCUCCUGCUGUGUGGCCUAUUCCCUUGCCAACUUAGGUAAAUGAUUUGAACAUCCUGCAGGGAUUUUGUGAUUUUUCCAUGAUGUUUGGCCGCUGACCCUCUUCCAAUCAUCCAGAAUGACAAUGGCAGCUGAAAGGCCCAGCAACAAGCUCAAAGGUAGAAAGAUGCUUCUACUCCCUACCGUUUUCUGUCUUAUGCAGCCCCAUCACUCCUACCCUUGCUUCAGAAAUAUCAUGCUGAACGUUUAUGGCAUCCUUUUGCUGAUUUGUGAGUCCAAGAUAUUUUCUAAAUUGCUCAUUUCUGUAUGUUUUAGAAAAUAACUCUAAGAACAUUAAAUUCAUCAAAGGCAGAAUUAGGGAAAAUGAAAGGAAAGAAAAUAAACAUCUUCUUUAAAUUUAAUUUUUUUACAUGACUCAAAAGAGGAAAUUUCUAUUUCUUAUAACUGGUUACUCUAUAUGAAGUGGUUCUUCACCAUUUUGUGGUCACAGAUUCCUAUGAAUAUGUAAGUAAAGCAAUGAAACUUCUCUCUACCUCCCCUGAAAAUGUAACUAAUUAGAUAUAAUCAAAAUUUAGCAUGGAGUUUUAAAGUACUUAGAAACUCAACCCUUUGCUCCUUUCCCCAUCACAAAGUCAAUCCUAGACCACAGAUAGGAUUCUGGCUCUAAACAACAACAAAAAAAGUUGAACUACAGUGGGAUUCCAGGUCUCUCGAACUUUCUUCCUAAUUUAACAAUUAUUUUUGCUUUUCUAUGUCAUUCUUUAUAGCAAGUUUUUAGAUGGAAUGAUGUAUAUAUAUCUAGUAUAGCUCCUGAAUUAUCUUUUUGUUGUUUUUCUCUCUUACAAAUAUUAUUUUGAG